UGGUGUGUAGAGAAGAUCAGUUUGGCUGUAGGAAUUUACGUUCAGGGCUGGAGUACAACUUGAUGACUUUUUCGGGAGGACAAUCUCAUAUCGGUGUCGUCCGAUAUUCGGCACUGAGCCUUCGGGCUGGCACACUCUUGGGAAAACACUUAGAAACGUGUGCGCCGCUGAGAAACUAUUUCCGCUCUUGCCAUGUUAUGAUAGCUAGCCGUUGCUAGCGCGCUAGCUAACCGUAUGGCUGCUGGUAACCGCUUGCAAAGGAGGCGAUAAUUAGCAAGCGUGCGGGUUAGGCUUACUAUAGCUGUGUUGCUGGCAAUCUCUCUAUCUUUAAAUUGUCGAUAAGGCUGUUUUCCGGCUGAUGAGCUUGGAAUUAAAGUAAGGGUGGCCAGCAAUAAGGACCAUUAUAUUCGCAAAGGAUUAUGCACAUUUCACCAAUGAAAUUCUGGAUUGAUUGUUUUCCCGAUAUCACCAUGCUCAUCGUCAAAUCCCACCUCGACCGCCGCUGCAGAGAAUCUGUGUCCUCGUAUCUGGAUUUAUCUGGCAGUUCAUGAAGACGAGCUCCUUAUUACAUUUUUUUAACGUGCUUGUUGUAAAACGUUACCUAUGUAUCAACGCGGGAUCAGCAGGUUCGGGUACAUUUAAACAAGCGGCACCAAGAGUGAAUUUGUGCUAAGGAAGCCUUGGACGGGACAGGUUUAAAAAAAAACCCAAAAAACAAUCCGCUCCUAAAGAAACAUGGCCUCGGUGUGGAAACGAUUGCAGCGUGUGGGGAAGCAUGCGUCCAAAUUCCAGUUCGUGGCGUCGUACCAGGAACUGAUGGUGGAAUGCACAAAGAAAUGGCAGCCAGACAAACUUGUUGUGGUUUGGACACGCAGGAGUCGGCGGAAAUCAUCUAAGUCCCACAGCUGGCAGCCUGGCAUCAAAAACCCUUACAGAGGAGUGGUGGUGUGGCCCGUACCGGAGAACAUUGAGAUCACCGUUACUCUAUUUAAGGACCCCCAUGCAGAGGAGUUCGAGGAUAAAGAGUGGACAUUUGUCAUUGAAAAUGAGUCUCCGUCAGGGCGGAGAAAGGCCCUGGCCACCAGCAGUAUAAACAUGAAGCAAUAUGCCAGUCCCAUGCCUACACAGACAGACGUCAAGCUGAAAUUCAAGCCCCUCUCCAAGAAGGUGGUGUCAGCUACGUUGCAGUUUUCCCUAUCCUGCAUCUUCCUCCGUGAGGGCAAGGCCACUGAUGAGGACAUGCAGAGCCUGGCCAGUCUGAUGAGCAUGAAGCAAGCUGACAUCGGUAACCUGGAUGACUUUGAGGAGGAAAAUGAGGAGGAUGAGGAGAACAGGGUCAACCAGGAGGAGAAGGCUGCCAAAAUCACAGAGCUGAUCAGCAAACUGAACUUCCUUGAGGACGAGGAUCCGGACACGCCCCCUGCCAUGAGUACCAAUCCCUUCGAAGAGCCCGACGACGACCCUCACGACCCUAACCACCUCAACCCAUUUGGUGACCCUGAUGAGGAAGCAGUCCCCUCUGCUCAGCCUGUCCCACAUAAGCUGGUCAAGGAUGACACCUAUGACGAUGACCCCACCAACCCAUUCAAUGAGUUUGACCUACCUGAAGCUCAAACACCACCAGGGAACCCCUUUGAAGAUCCGGAUGAAGAUGAGGACCCCCAGCCUGACCCCGAGCCUCCCAAGCCCCGGCAGAGGAAAGGAGUACGGCCAGUGGACAUGAGCAAGUACCUGUACGCCGACACCUCCCGCAACGAGGACGAGGAGCUAGAUGAGUCCAACCCAUUCUACGAGCCAAGAAGCAGCAGCCCAGCACGACCCCCCUCCCCGGAUGUCGGCAGCAGCCAGAAGAGGAGAGCUCCCCUACCCCCGAGCUCUGGUGUUGGCCCCGGCCCCAGUCCCCCAGUCCUGAAGCCCAGUUCUUGCCCAGACCGGGAGAGGGCCCAGCCAGCUGGGCCCAGCCUAGCAGCAGCAGCCAUGGGUAGAGAGCUGGCCUCAUCUUCCCCCAAGCCCAGCCCCAUUCCCAGUCCAGUCCUGGGAGGAAAGCCCAAUGCCAGCCAGUCUCUAUUGGCCUGGUGCAGGGAGGUGACAAAGAACUACCGUGGGGUGAAGAUCACCAACUUCACCACGUCUUGGAGGAAUGGCCUGGCCUUCUGCGCUCUGCUGCACCACUUUAGGCCAGACAGCAUAGACUACAAGUCGCUCAAUCCUCAGGAUAUUAAAGAAAACAACAAAAAGGCAUAUGAUGGUUUCGCCAGCCUGGGGAUCUCCCGUCUCCUGGAGCCGUCGGACAUGGUGUUGCUGGCCAUCCCUGAUAAACUGACAGUCAUGACCUACCUUUACCAGAUUCGGGCCCACUUCUCUGGUGAGGAGCUCAACGUAGUGCAGAUUGAGGCCAACAGUAGCCGCAGCACCUACAAGGUGGGCGACUUUGAGACUGACACCAACGCAUCCAUCGGUCAGGACAAGUUCUACGCUGAGCUCAAUGACGUACCACACCACCAGGCCCACGCCCAGCCCACCACACUGGCCGUCAAUCUUGGCGACCGGACUCAAGCCUUGGAGAGGGAGGGGCCAGAGGUGGAACAGAAGACAGACAUAGGAGGAGUUCCACCUAACUUGCCCCUGGCAGAGGCUGAGCCUCCUGCUUCACCAUCUCCAGCACCUGUCCCUUACCCCCGCACAGCACCGCUCACCUCAGAAACAGACUCCACCCCCAGACCUGCCCCAAGGUCCCAGGCCACACCUCCAGCCUCUGAGGACAGGGGGAAGCUUUCCAAAGCCAAUACAUUAGACCUGAGUGAGCUGCCACAGAGGGCAGAAACAGAGGUGGAGAAGGGGAGACAGCAGAGGGAGGUGGUGGUGGAGGGCAUUGAGGAGGUGGGAGGUACAGAACCAGGAUCUCCCACUAGGAGAGCGGCCCCUUCGUCCUCCCCGCCCCACCAAAAGUUGGGCUUUUCUUAUAAUAGGGACGCUGACCUAAUCAAGAAGAAAAGGGCCGGCCUUCGCCACACUGAGUCUGACCCUGCCUCCAACACCAGCCCCCCACCACUCAACCACACGGACAUGCCCCCCAAGCAGGAGCCUGCUCCUGUCCCUGUAUCAAGUCCCCCCACUGAAAAGAAGGCACAGUCUCGUCAGGAGGAGCUGAAGGAGAGAGCCAGACUUCUUCUGGAGCAAGCACGCAGGGAUGCUGCCCUCAAGGCCGGCAACAAGAAUGCCCCCAAUCCCGCCCUCAGUGCACCCACCAGGGUCACAAAUGUCACUGAUGAGCGUGAUGCAGAGCGACGGAGGCAGCUUCGAGAGAGAGCCAGGCAGCUGAUAGCUGAGGCUCGUUCUGGAGUCAAGAUGGCCGACAUGAGUGUUCUGGAUCCCUCUGGCACUGAGAAGAGCAGGGGAAACAAAAUCACCCCUGUUGGAGGAAUGAACAGCAAGCAUGUGGACCUGAAGCUGAAGAAGCUGGUGGAAGUUAAACCAGGCGGAGCCACCUCCCCUUCUUCACCUUCCUCCACCUCCUCCUCUACCUCACCCACGGCCUCAUCUUCCUCCCUGCUCAGCCCUGCCGAUGGACUGGAGAAUAAUGCAGAGGAGGUGCGAGCAGAGCGGUUGCGUAGGGCUACAGAGAGGCUGCGUAGCCCAGUGGUCUUCAACAAAGACUCCGCUGUCAGGAAAACACAGCUGAAGUCCUUCAGCCAGUAUGUGGAGAAUAGACCAGAGGUGAAGAGGCAGAGGUCCGUACCAGAGGAUCUGAGAAGGGCUGGGGAGGAAACGGGGUCACCCACUGACACCGACAUUCGGAGACCGUUUGAGGAAGAGAGGGCGUUCAGAGACACCAGUCAGUACGUGGUCGGGGAGCUGUCCGCGCUGGAGAGCGAGCAGAGGCACAUAGACGCGCGAGCGGCUCGCGUGGAGAAGAGGCUGCGCUAUCUCAUGGACACAGGUAACAACAAGGAGGAGGAGGAGGCCAUGAUGCAGGAAUGGUUCAUGUUGGUCAACAAGAAGAAUGCUCUCAUCAGACGACAAAACCAGCUGUCCCUGCUGGAGAAGGAGCAUGAUCUGGAGAGGCGCUUCGAACUGCUGAACAGAGAGCUGAGGGCGAUGCUCGCCAUCGAAGAUUGGCAGAAGACGGAGGCCCAGAAGAGACGGGAACAGCUGCUGCUAGAUGAACUGGUCAUACUGGUCAACAAACGGGAUGCACUGGUCCGGGACCUGGAUGCCCAGGAGAAACAAGCUGAGGAGGAGGACGAGCACCUGGAGAGGACGCUGGAGCAGAACAAAGGCAAGAUGACCAAGAAAGAGGAGAAGUGUGUCCUUCAGUGAUUAUUGUCAUUUCAACACAAAAGAGACAACCAACCAAUAAAUGUAGCCGAUAACAGAAUUGUAUUAUUAUUGUUAUUAUUGUUAUUAUAUUUCAUAGUGAUGAUACUACAUAUUUGUAUCACAUUUUUUUCCUAUCCGGUUGGGGGUUUUUUUUGGUAUAAGUAAACCAAGAGACACGGCUUAAUGGGCCCUGCAAUGCCUUGCACCAAGUUUAUAGAAACUGUCCCACUUAUAUAAAUAUAUUUUUUAUUUUUGUUUUUUGUUUUGCUUUACCAGUGAGGGUACUUGUAUGUAAUAUAAAUAUGUAUGAGCGAUAGAAGUGUGCAAGAGCUAACAGAGAGGCUUCAGGCCAGUCAGGACUCUGGCAUGUAUCAAUGAUGUCUGAGUUUAACAGCUGUUUACUGCAGACGCACACACACUCACACACACACAACACACACACUUUGUGCGAAUGUUUUUACGUGUCGAGAUGAAAUGAGGUCAAGGUACAGCACAAAGUCGUCUUAUUGGAGAAUAUUCUCUCAUGUUGAGCAGACAUGUAUUGUCCUGUAAUUGGAGUUAUAUGGAAAAAAAAGAAAAGGAAGGAAAAAAAUGGGAGUCGCUAUUAUAUCAGAUGUCUCGAGCUAAGUUCGUUACUUGAUUGUGUAUUGUAUCUUUUUAAGUACUUCAAAAGUUUUUACUUGUAAAAUAUCUUAAGGGGGGGGACACACUACCGUUCACAAUUUUAACUCUCAUAGUACUUCUUCUACUCCUUCUUUACCAAACACCUUUGGAGGUGGCUGAGCUCGACAGCAAGAGAGCGGGGGGAGGGGGGGAGAGCUCGUGUAUUAAACUCUAUAACGUCGUGUGUUUUCAGCCGAUAGCUUCCCCAAAUCCCCCCCCCCCUGGGAUGAAUGCAGUCGAAAGCAAAGAUAGAUAUUAUUUAUUGCCGUUUGUCCUUUAAAGAGCUGCUUUUCAGUGAGCCACCAUACCCGCGCAUUUCGCUCGAGACCUCCGUUUCUAUUUAUUGUCUACUGAAGAGAAGAGAAAAUACACUUUGCUGUGCGGCGUCUCAUACUUCCACAUGUUGUGCAGCUUGUCUUUACGUGUGAACAUUUUUACCUGUUUAUUUAUUCCAGUGUCAUAAUAACCCAAGUCUUCAAUAAAGCCCUCAUGCUUUCC